AUGUCUUUUCCCGGUACCCCCGUGAGCUUUGGAAAGCGCUAUGCCAUCCUCAACCUGGAUUGGAUGACCGUGCUGUUAACUGCGGCUGAAGGGACGCCGCAAGGCAGGACAGUGGUGGAAAACCUCUCCAAAUGGCACGAAGCAGUUCAUCAAAAGAGCGACCGCCCACUCACCAUCUACACAACUCUGGCGUUUAACCGUGGCCAGCCUGAAUUGGAAGCGAAAAAACCAUUUGCUCGAUUAAUCGAGUCGUUUGGAACGUUUGAAGUCGGCACUCCUAGCGCGGAGAUUGAUCAGCGGUUCGAAUUGGAUGAACAGGAUAUUGUUCUUCGAAAGACUAGAUGGUCUGCUACUACGGGCAACAAUCUGGAGCAGAUCCUGAGAGCACAGGGUAUUGAUACCGUUGUUAUUUCUGGUCUCACUCUUUCGGGUGUGGUGAUGGCUACCGUCUACCGCUUAUUCGAUCUGGACUACAAUAUCAUUGUCAUUGGGGACAAUGUUCUGGAGCUUCCGCCAGACCAGCAUACAAUGUUUCAAAAGGUGAUGCUUGAAGAACUUCUGCCUAAGAUGAACCAGAAAGUUAUCUCACUAGAGCAAGCUCUGGAGGCAUUGAACGAGGCAUGA